CACUUUUAAUAUCAACUGAAAGUUCCAACUCAUGAGAAGCAAAGCAAAUAAAAUCAAUCCACCAACCAACACAAAACCUGAAUCAAUAUUAUUCUCAACUAGAUCAUGGCCUCUUCUAACUCCUCUCUUUCUCUCCUUCUACCUUCUCUCACAACCCUCAUUCUCCUCCAAAUUCAAACAUGUGUCUCCUCAUCACAAUUAACACAAAAACCCCUCCUUCUGCCUCUCAAAACACAAACACAAACACCUUCACGUAAGCUCUCAUUCCACCACAACGUCACACUAACCGUCUCACUAACCGUAGGCUCGCCCCCACAGAACGUUACCAUGGUCCUCGACACAGGCAGCGAACUCUCCUGGCUCCACUGCAAAAAACUCCCAAACCUAAACUCAACCUUCAACCCCCUCCUCUCUUCUUCCUACACUCCAACCCCAUGCAAUUCUUCCAUCUGCACCACUCGAACCCGAGACCUCACUAUCCCCGCUUCCUGCGACCCCAACAACAAACUCUGUCACGUCAUCGUCUCCUACGCCGACGCCUCCUCCGCCGAGGGCACCCUCGCCGCCGAAACCUUCUCCCUUGCCGGUGCCGCGCAACCCGGAACAUUAUUCGGCUGCAUGGACUCCGCCGGGUACACCUCCGACAUCAACGAGGAUUCCAAAACGACAGGUUUAAUGGGCAUGAACCGAGGAUCCCUCUCGUUGGUAACACAAAUGUCGCUUCCGAAAUUUUCCUACUGCAUCUCUGGGGAGGACGCUCUCGGUGUCCUCCUCCUUGGCGACGGGACGGACGCCCCGUCGCCACUGCAGUACACCCCUUUAGUGACGGCGACAACCUCGUCGCCGUAUUUCAACCGUGUCGCGUACACGGUCCAGCUCGAGGGGAUUAAGGUUUCGGAGAAACUCCUGCAACUUCCGAAGUCGGUGUUCGUGCCCGACCACACCGGAGCGGGUCAGACAAUGGUGGAUUCGGGCACCCAGUUCACUUUUCUUCUCGGGUCGGUCUACAGUUCCCUGAAAGAUGAGUUUUUGGAGCAGACGAAAGGAGUGCUGACCCGAAUCGAGGAUCCGAAUUUCGUGUUCGAGGGGGCGAUGGACUUGUGCUACCACGCGCCGGCGAGUUUUGCGGCGGUGCCGGCGGUGACGCUGGUGUUCUCGGGGGCGGAGAUGAGGGUGUCAGGGGAGAGGCUGUUGUAUAGGGUGAGUAAAGGGAGUGAUUGGGUGUAUUGCUUCACUUUUGGGAACUCUGAUUUGUUGGGAAUUGAAGCGUAUGUGAUUGGGCAUCAUCAUCAGCAGAACGUGUGGAUGGAGUUCGAUUUGCUCAAGUCUAGGGUGGGCUUCACUCAAACCACCUGUGACCUUGCCACUCAACGGCUAGGACUCUCUCCUUAGCUCUUGGACAACCGUUUAUAGCCGUCUGAUUAUGAGAAUCUUUUUUUUUUUAAUCAUUAUUCAACCUUCGGAUUAGAGAUACUACACUGUAGCUGUUAUAGGGUUUGGAUCACUCUUAACUUUACACCUAAAGUUCCUUUAGGAUUCCAGUCUACUUCAACUACAAUUGGAUUGGGUUUGCUUUAUUAUUAAAAAAAUUACAUGAAUAAAUGUGAAUCAUACUGAUGUUUUGAA